CAUAGAUAUUGGGUAUAAAAAAGAACGCUGAGUAGUCUACGUAUCUAGUUUCCAAUUUGUUCUGGAUCUGGCUACCGAAUUACGACCAUCGAGAUGACAAAGUUAACAAUUCUGCUGGUUGUCAGCAUUAUCGCUAAGGUAUACGGUGAUGAACCUGAACCUAUCGUGGGUGGCAACGUGGCAUCGCCUGGACAAUUUAAACAUCAAAUCUCCCUUCGGCAAGAUGGCAACCAUAUUUGCGGAGGAACUAUUAUUAGCGACAGACAUAUUGUCACUGCUGCUCAUUGUAUACCGUCUGCAAAACAAUGGAAAUCCUUGACCAUUCGAACCGGAACAAACAAUGUAAAAAGUGGUGGUCAAAUACACCAAAUUAAGUGCAUUCAAGUGCAUUCAGGAUUCAACAUGAAUACCCUUAAGGAUGAUAUCGCUGUGAUCGCUGUAACAAAACCGAUGAGCUUCAACAAUUAUCAAGCUCCAAUUCCUCUGGCGAGUAUGGAUUAUGCCAAUGGCCAAAAUCGUGCUAUAGUAAGUGGAUGGGGACAGCUCGGUAAAAAUCAAGGCAUGCCAACGAUGCUUCAAUAUGUCAAUGUGAGGAUGCUGAGCGCUAAUGAGUGCCGAAAGGCGCAUUCAGACACUAAUUAUAAACAGAUAUGUACUUUUAACAGCUAUGGGAAAGGUUCCUGCAUGGGUGACAGCGGCGGUCCUCUUAUUUCCAAUGAUCAAUUUGUUGGUGUUGUGUCCUGGGGCAUUCCUUGUGCUGUGGGUCAACCUGAUGUAUUCACUAGUGUCUACUAUUAUCGGGACUGGAUUAAACAAUGCCAACAGAAGUGCUGAUUAUUCGAAUAAUCAUAGUCGACAGACAAUCUAUAUUUCAAACAUUGUACAGAAUUUUCAGUUACAGCAUGUAAAUCGCGUUGCUAACGUCAUAUUAAUAAGUUCUAUAGAAAUUAUAUGAAGACAUAAAGUAAACAAUAAAAAUAUUAUUCUAAAUAAA